AUGAUUGAAAAUGAACGCUGCAGCAUAAACUGCAGUCUCUGUGGGGGCAAGGUCCAUGUGACAUUCAGCUUGGCAUCCUCAGUUCACAGCGAGUACCUGGGAUGUUGCAGGUGCUCAGUCAAUGUGCGCCUUUCCCAGCAGGGCCUUGCUCGUGCUUCCCGCAGGCUGGGACGCUACAACGCCCUCACUCUCCAAGAUGCUAUUCGAGGCAAAGUGCAGUUUAAAGCCAACGUGGCCAAGGCCAGUGUAUCCAAGGCUGCCAUCUUUAUGAGAGCACCCCGCUUUCUCUUCUUCGGGAUGCAUGGCUUUCUGGAUGAGAUCUUCUUCACCUUCUUCUUCAACGUGCUGGGCCAGGGGCCCGGGGCGGCCAGUGGCCACACGUCGCUCUGGUCCUUCCUGAUGUACGGCAGCUGCAGCUUCGUGGUGGAAAAGCUCUACUUCCACCUGCACUACAGCCGCGGCUGGGCCACCUGGAAGCGCGUGCCCCUCUACGUGCUCUUCAUCUACGCGUGGGAGUUGGCCUGGGGCCUGGCGCUCCGCGCCUGCGGGGCUUGCUCCUGGGACUAUUCGCACUACCCGCUCAACUUCAUGGGCCUUAUCACCCUGAUGUAUCUGCCAGGUUGGAUAUUCCUGAGCUUCUACCAAGACCUACUUUCCAACGUGUUGUGGCGGGUGCAAUACCUACCAACUAACUGAGACCAACACCAGGAAAGAGAGGGAGGAAGACAGGCCUGGAUUCCCACGAGGGAAUACCACUUAUUUUUACACACUUAGGACGGAACGGUUUUGGAUCUUGUUUUUGUUUUUAGACUGCAUUUUUAUACGCUUUGCUAAAUUCUUCCAACCUGUUUAACUCGGCACUGUAGGUUUUCUGACUCUUUGCAACCUAUGCAUAAUGCAAUACUUUGACAUAUUCCUCAAGACAUAACUCAAAGAACUUAAUGCGUCCAUGUUUUAAAAUUCAGACAAACAAACCCAGACAGGACAACCGUUACACCUUAACGUUUGGAAGUGACAGCGACCGCCUCUGGGAGAGGAGGGGUGACAGUUACGAACCCUGCUGAGUGAGGGCGAUGUUCCAACCAGAGACCAUCGGGUUUUUUUACAAGUUUGGCGAGACCUUCUAAUUAAGUGACUUGCUUGUUUUCUUUUUAAUCCGAUUUCAUUUUAAUUCCUCGCCACAUCUACCAAGAUUGCCGAAACCCAGUGUCAUGCACUCCUGAAUACAGUGCAUUACUAGCUCUUAAAGUGCCUCUGUUUAGUACA